AUAAAGCAAUGCUUGCCGAGCGCAGUAAAGAGGAGAAUCACUCCGCGGGAAAUCAGGUGCCCCACUCGAUCAGCUCACUCAUCCACAAACCGAAUGAUGAGAAUGUGCUGUCAACCUACUACCUCUACGGCGAACCCCUGGUCUGCCUGAACCUGCACGGCGAGGAGCGGCUCUGUCUGGCCCAGAUCUCGGGUCUGCUGCUGCGAGACUUCUCCUACAACGAGAUCCACAAUCGGCGUGUGGCACUGGGUAUCACCUGUGUACAAUGCACCUCGCGUCAGCUGGAACUCCUACGACGGGUCGGUGCCAUGCCGAGUUCCUCACGCCGCUGCGGUACCAUCACAAAACGCGAGGCCCAACGUCUGGUGGAGUCCUUCCUGCAGGAGCUACCACCACCAAAGUUGCCGGAGAACUUUGCAUUC